GGCUGCCAAAUGAAGUGAAAUUAAAUAAUUUAUUUUUUCUUCAUAAUUUUUAGAAGAAAUGGCCAAGGUUGCGACAAUUACCGAAAAUAACCUCCAACCAACAACUGGAAAGUGGGUCUGGAAGGAAGAAACAUAUACACUGGAAUUUGUCAGCCAUCAUCCCGAUAAACAAGAUAAACGAAGAAAGAAUAAAGGUCAUCAUGAAAAAAAUAGAAUGGAAAGGACAGCUUCCGGUAUCCCAAGACAGAUGGCAGGAAAAGGUGGGGGUCUGGCAGCUGGAAGAGCCAACAAUAGUAAAUCACCUAAAUCUAAUCGUAGACAUACUGAACAUGAUAAGGUUAUGUUGGAAGAUAUCAAACGGGUAGCACAUAGUAUGAUGUCAGAAGUUGAUGUUAUUCCUGAUUCUUUCAAUAUGUUAUACAGUACAGAUGAGUUUGAUCAUUUUCUAUUAAAUCUGAUUACUUAUUUUAAUGGAUUCUUUGAGAAAUUAGCUCAGGGCAACAAGAAGAAUCCUAUGUACAUAGAACCAAGUUUAGCUGAGAAGAAAGCCUACGCUGAAUCGUGUGAAAGACUAGCAGUAGCCCAGAAAUUACUAGGAAGAGCGUACUGUAUACUCGUGUUAGGACUGGGUCUGGAGAAACAACAUCACAUGUCUUGUGGAAUGUCUAGAGUAUCAUCAACAUAUCAAGAUAGAUCAAUGUUUGAGUCAUUUUAUAAUUUCUGUACAUUUGUGGUGUGGAUAACAUUUAGAAGAAAAGAUUUUGAAACAGUGAAAAAAGAAAUUGGAAGAAUGUUAAGAUCAGAUACAUUCAAUCCUGCUAUUAGAGUCAAAUAUGCUCCAGAAGAACAAAAAGAAACAGAUGAGAAAAAAGAGGUUAAAAAAGAAAAUACUGAAGUAAAAUUAACUCCAGCUGAAUAUCGUAGAUUACAUCCGAAGAGGCCUGCUAUCAAGUCAAUAGUCAAUCAAAGAUCUCCAGCCAUUGUUUCCCUAUUACCUUCACCAAAAGAAGAGGCACAUUGGUUGUUCGUAAAAAAGCCUCAUGCAAGUAUUGGACAUAAUGAAGAUUUAGGAGAUCAAGAAGAAUUAUCAAUGGAAGAUAAUCUCAAUAUUACAAUACAAAGAUACAGAAUGGGUAGUUUAAGUGUUGGUAUACUAGGUGAACCCUAUAAUCAGUUUAACUCUGUCACACUAACACCGGUCGGGGCAGAGAAUGAAGAUGAAGAAAAUGAAACUGGAGAGGUAGACGGCAAGACUACUACUGAAGAUAGUGGAGAGACAGCUCCAGAUCAUAAUAGUAGGCAGCUAACUGCAGCAUCUCAAAUUACAACAGAGGCAUUGUCAGAAGUUUAAUGGUUUGAAACGGAGGCUCAGAGACUAAUAAUCACAUCUAGAGAUCUAAAACAUGAGCAUUCUAUUUUUAUCUUACUUCCUCUAUAGACCCACCUGUCAAAAUAUCAUUGUCAAAAAGCACCAACCACAAUAAUGGUGAACUGUAUCAGUAAAUGUUAAAAGCAUCACAGUGAAAUGAGUUAAAGGGACAGAUGUGCCAUUUUUUUUUUUUUACUUUAGUCUCAAAAGUCUUAGUUGAGCUAAUAAGUAAUAGUGUUCACAGCUCACCAUUGAUAUUUGAGCCUCCAAAUUCAUGGUGUCCUGAAUUAUCUGCGAUUGAAUGUUGAAAUGACGACUCAUCAAUUUAAAAUACUCUGUGAUAUAUAGAAAUAGUGAGUAAAAUUCCUAGUUUGAAGAAUUUUUAAAGAAUUAUUUCUAGUACUUCUGAAGACUUGUUACAUAUAUUUAAGACCAAAAUGAACCCUUAAAAAUGGCGCUACUGCCCCUUUAAAUAGAGCAAGUGUUGAAAGAUGUUUUAUUUAUUUUAUCAUUUUAAUCAUCUCUGUUAAACCACAAACUGUGAUAUUGUAUAUACAAAAAUUAUAACUUAUCAAGUUUU